UUAUGUUUGAUCAAUUCCAUGGGAAUGUUUCUGAAGGAAACAUAUGGGUUUUUCAGACCAAGAAAUGUGGGAGAUUUCAGAGCAAUAGAGUGAUGCGUAACAAGAAUAAAUCAAAUCCUCUGCAACUUUGCAACAUUAAAGUGUAAUAUAGCCUCAAAAGCAGACAAGCAAAGAGAAGUAGUGGGAGAAAAAUGGCAAGUUAUGAUGCUGUUAGCCACCUAUCCUAUUUUUUUGGCAACAUCACACGUGAAGAAGCUGAAGAUUAUCUGUUGCAAGGAGGACUAAACAAUGGACUGUACUUACUGCGACAGAGCCGAAACUAUCUGGGUGGUUUUGCUUUGUCUCUGGCAAACAAUGGAAAGGUUUAUCAUUAUACCAUUGAGAGGGAAAUUAAUGGCACUUAUGCUAUUACUGGAGGGAAAUCCCACCGGAGUCCUGUGGAACUCAUUGAUUACCACUCAGAUGAAGUCGAUGGUCUCGUGUGUUUACUCAGGAAACCAUGUAAUCGGCCACCAGGAGUGGGACCAAAAACAAGCCAAUUUGAGGACUUGAAGGAAAAUCUAAUCAAAGAAUACGUUAAACAAACCUGGAAUUUAUAUGGACAUGCCCUUGAGCAAGCAAUUAUUAGUCAGAAACCACAACUGGAGAAACUGAUUGCUACAACUGCACACUUGAAAAUGCCCUGGUUCCAUGGGAUGAUAUCUCGGGGGGAUUCAGAGCAACGCCUACUUCUGGGUACAAAGACCAAUGGGAAAUUUUUGAUUAGGGAAAGAGAUAACAGUGGAUCCUAUGCACUUUGUUUACUCAAUGAAGGCAAGGUAGCACAUUAUCGCAUAGAUAAAGACAAGAAAGGAAAACUUUCAAUACCAGAUGGAAAGAAAUUUGAUACUUUAUGUCAGCUAGUGGAACAUUAUUCCUAUAAAGCAGAUGGACUUCUAAGAAUAAUCACAGAACCCGUUAAAGAUCCAGAUUUUCAAUCAAGAAAUAAUUCCUUACCCCCAAAAGUUUCUAAGCCUCGCAACUCCACGACUUGGUCAACAGGUGGAAUUAUCACCAGAAUCAAAUCAUACACUUUCCCAAAGCCAGGAAGCCAAAAGCCCUCUUUCUCUGUUCGUGGCCAGAGAGAUGAUACUGCACUACUUGCAAUGUUUAACAAUUAUGUGCCCUCGUGGGCAAGACGAGGUGAACACAGGGAACCUUUGCCUAUGGAUACAGAAGUUUAUGAAAGUCCAUAUGCAGAUCCAGAAGAAGUAAAAGCUAAAAAUGUCACCCUUGACCGAAAUUUACUGACUUUGGAAGAAAAAGAACUUGGUUCUGGUAAUUUUGGUACAGUAAAAAAAGGCACUUAUGAAAUGAAAAAAGGAAAGAAAAUUGUGGCUGUGAAAAUUCUCAAAAAUGAAAGUAAUGAUCCAGCAAUAAAAGAUGAACUCCUAAGAGAAGCAAAUGUAAUGCAACAACUUGAUAACCCAUAUAUUGUCCGAAUGAUUGGCAUAUGUGAAGCUGAAUCUUGGAUGUUGGUAAUGGAAAUGGCUGAGCUUGGCCCUUUGAAUAAAUAUCUGCUAAAACACGGAGAUAUCACAGAAAAGAACCUAAUAGAGUUGGUGCAUCAAGUUUCCAUGGGAAUGAAAUAUUUGGAAGAAAAUAAUUUUGUACAUAGAGAUUUAGCUGCAAGAAAUGUGCUUCUGGUUACACAACAUUAUGCCAAAAUCAGUGACUUUGGACUUUCAAAAGCUCUUGGCUCUAAUGAUUAUUACAAGGCAGAACAUCAUGGCAAAUGGCCAGUUAAAUGGUAUGCUCCAGAAUGCAUGAACUUCUUCAAAUUUUCUAGCAAGAGUGAUGUAUGGAGUUUUGGUGUGUUAAUGUGGGAGACAUUUUCCUAUGGGCAAAAGCCAUAUAAGGGUAUGAAAGGAAUUGACGUUGCUCAGAUGAUUGAAAGAGGAGAACGAUUAGAAUGUCCAGUCGGUUGCUCAUCUGAUAUCUAUGAACUAAUGAAAUUGUGUUGGACAUAUAAAGUUGAUGAUCGGCCAUCAUUUUUUACUGUUGAAUUAAAGCUACGCAACUACUACUAUGACAUUGCUCAAUAAGUAUGCUGUGGUAUUGCAAUGAAGACAUCCCAAGAGGCAGAUACAAAAGUUGACUUUUCAAAUAAGUUGUCCUCCAGAAAAUACUCAAAAUGCUCUCUAGAAGAAUCAUUGUGAAAAGACCAUUGCUGUAGAAUUACCUUGCUACUUUUAAAAACUUGCUAGUAUCUACAGUAAUAUUUUUAAACUGAGCUUAUUUGAUGUUCAAGGAUCUGGCAUUAGUUAUACUUGCUUAGUCUAUUUUAAGUCAGUUUGGUUAGGUUGCGUUCUGUCUUGCUGUUCAAAUGAACCAUCUUUUGUGAUAUCAAAAGAACAUUUGUAUUUCCAUCAUUAUUGCUGUCAAGAGAAUCGGAUAAUUUCACUUUUGAAAAUUCAAAGCAGAGAUUGGUUUUAAACUAGAAAUGAGCCAAUAAAGUUAGAAAUAACAGAUCAUAGAUUUAAAACAUAUGGCAUAUAUGUGCAAAACAAAACCUAUAUCCCCACUUCUUUCUUGGUACUUAUUAUUUGGAAAAAUCUAAACAUCUAUAAACAAAAUUGGCAAAUUGUUUCAUAUAGUAACAACAUAUCUCUAUUAUUGUUUUAAUCUUUAAAUUAAAUAAUAAAAGUUUAAAAAAUAAGAAAUACAGAUAAACUAACAGCGCUUCACCUCGGUCUGUUGUAUCAUAUAGUCAAAACACUGAUAGGCUCUGGGAACCCUAUUUAUUUAGGUGUACUCUAUAUUAAAAGCUAAUUGUUUAGCUAGGUGUCAUUGAGUUAGGCUUAUUUCUUGGGGUGCUGCUCAGUAUUUCAGUUUAUUUCCAACAAUAACCCAUAACUCUUCCUAAGACAAUCAUGCAAAAUUUUCUUUUAUCCUGUCCUUCUACCUUAACCUAUAUCCACUCUUUCUUCCAUUUCUCCAUCUUGAUAAAGAAAGUUUGUAUGUUUUAUUCUAUGAACACCUCCCAUGUUCCAAGUUUGUGAAUUUCACCUUACUAAUUGUUGCCUCAAAAGACAGUGGGCCUUUAUUUGGCUGAGGAUUGAACAACCAUUUUUGCCUGGUAUUCUUAUUGUCUUUAGAUCCAUCUUCUGAAUGUUAUUCUCUCAUUCUUUCUCAGUAUCAAUAUACAGUAUACAUUACUGUAUACUGUGCAUUAUUGCAAAGAUCAUUGCUUUAACUAUUCUGAUCAUUGUUGUCAUCAAAUAUUAUCUUGUAAAAUAUCCUUCAGUGAGGGUAUUUGCACUUGCAUCUAACAAUAAUACAAACAUAUUCUAGCAACUUCUUUAUACUAUUUGUUCCCAUAAUGUCUUCAUCUUGUUCCCAGCCCACUGAUGAGACAAGCUUACGGUAAGUUGUUCUAAUCCAUUAUCAAAGCAAUGCUUUCUCUCUUAUAGGGAGAGGAAUCCCUUAGUUAUCCCAAAGUGUGUAAAAUCUUAGAUGCUUCUUGAACUAUUCUGUCAGCAGCACAGUCAGGUGACUUCUAGAGGGUAGGAUCAGCUUCAAGUUACUGCAGUUACACAUUUCCCUUCAGUACCUACUGUCACCAUUCUCUUUUCUUAGCCUUUGGCAGAAAACACUGGGCAUAGUUGUUCCAGACCCAGCAAUUUCAUCAAGAACUUAACAAAUUGUGAAGGUUGUCCAGAUCCAGGAAUUGUCCAGCGAUGGGACAAUACAUUUUAUGCCAAUAUUGAUUUCUGCUGACUCAAACAUAGUUAGCCACUUGAAUUAGGCCUUGGGGAAGGGCCAUCCUUGUCACAGCAUUUAUUUCCUAAGAUGAAUGUCUUCUUUACUCAUUAUUUUUACUUUACUUUGUGAGCCAAAAGCUGACUUACCAUCUACCAUCUUCAUGACCAACUGUAAGCUCAUGAUAUUAGCUUGUGAUCAUGAGGUGAUGUUAUUAUAAGGUGACUAGAAAUCCUUCCAUGGCUAAUGAUCAAGAUGCUUUGAUAACAAACAUUUGCAAGUAACCAAAACUUUCUCAGCUUAGGCAUGGAGAAACCUUUACUGAACUGAUUCAUAUAAUAAGAGUUUCUAAUACUGCAUUAUUGAGCAAUAGUACUAUUCUUUGUGCUUUUUGUAUUUUCUGUAAUAUAGAACUAUCAGGAAAAGAACUGGAAUGUUCAUGCCUUAGCAUCUGAAUUUAAAUUUCUUGAAAUGUUUCUACUAAACAGCCAUCUUGCCUUAUUCUCAGAACAAUAUCAAGUAUUCAGACAGUAGGGUAUAUCCAACUAUGCACGCUUCCCCUGUUAGCUUAACAUCUCCCAGUAAAAUAUAUUCUUCUCCCAGCAUUCUAUCCAAGGAUGCUGCAGAAGAGUUCAGCCACUUAUGGGUAUUACAAGGAGAAUAAAACAAAUUCUUUUGCAUGUGGUUACAGAAUAUAAGUGUAAUUUUAGACGUCUCCUAUUAUCUUAUUUAGAGAGCCAGUUUGGUGUAAUAGUUAAGGCACCUGGCUAGAAAAGAGGAGACAAUAUGCAUGAAGCCAGCUGCCUUACCAUGGGCCAAUCACUAUAUCUCAAUCCUAGGAAGAAAGGAAGAACAAAAACCUUGCCAAGAAAACUGCAGGGACUUCUCCAAGUAGUCUAUGAGAAUCAGACAGGAUCAAAUGGAAGAAAAAAAAUGCACACCUUAGUUUGUAACUAUCUUACAUUUAUGUAAUCCUGCAUUUUUUUCUCACCACAGAAAGCCCACUAAAAAGGAAGAGUUUGGCUAACAUGCCAAAACAUCUUAGUAUUAGCAAACUUAUUUUUACAUUAUUAUUGGCUGAAAAAUUAAUGAUUUCUGUAUUGCUUAUGAUGAAUAAGUUCCUUAAAAACUCUUGAUCAAUUAUAUUUUCUGUAUGUUUUAAAAAAUGUUAUUAGUUUUUAAUUUUAUCCUUGAAGACAUCUGGUAUAUGUAGCCAUACAUUCUAUCAUGAUUUAAGAACUAUGAUAAUAUAAAGUAAAUUAGGCAAUAGAAAUGUAUAUUAUUUUAAAUAACUGGAUACAAAACAUUUUCACUUUAAUUUAUUUUUAAAUCUCUUUAGGCAUAUAGAAAAAUAUUCUGUAAUAAUAGAAUUGAAUAGCUAAUACUUAGUUAUCAUUUGUUAAUUUUAUAUACAUUCACAAGAUCUUAUUUUAUCUGUUUCUAUGGCAAAUAUAUUUGUAAUGAGGCAGAUGAAUUCAAACCCACCUGCGUAUAACAGAUAUUGUCAUAGUAAUAAGAUGAAUGUACUGUAUCUAUUUAAAAAUCCCGAUGCAUUUCCUGAAUGAGAAAUAGUACGUGUAGCUUAGAAAAAGAGUUCCCAUCUCUGAUUAUACCUCCAUUGUCACCUAUCAACAACAGAUUGUCACAAUCAUCACCCACAGACUUUAAAAGCUGAUGUAUCUUCAAAUUGAAGGUGAGGCCUUUGAAUAUCUUUCUUACCUAUUUUAAAACACCUUAAAAGAUUGUUUUUCUUGUUUGUAAUAAAUCAUUGGAACAGAA